UUAAUGACCUUCAAGAUUUUACGAGUUUGUGGACAAUGGUUCCAUCACAACAGGUUGUGGUUGCUUCAAACACUUCAAAUUUACCUCAUUUAACUUUUCCAAAUGUUAAUGAAUUAUCGGCGCCUACAUUUCGUGAAGAAAUCAUUGAUCCUUCAAUGAUGCUCUUUAAUGACAAUUCAUUUUUCGAUCAAACGGUUUUUAUCAACGCCAAAUCUAAUAAUAAUAAUCCCAACACUGGUGUUGGUAACAAUCAUUUUGAUAAUAAUAAUCCAAUCGAUGAAAUACUUGCAAGAAUGGAAUUCGAAAGUUAUG